CGGGCCGGGCCGGGCCGCGCAGCUGCAGCCAGGCGGGGUGCACUCGGAGCUCGCGGGCUCGGCGGCUUGUGCUCUCGGACUCCCGCUCCCAAGCAGCCAGCGCGAGCGGGCCGAGGCCACGCCGGCUCCAGCCGAGGAGCAGCAGCAGCAGCAGCAGCUGCAGCCUCGCGGCGAGGCUCUGCGCCUCCGCGCAGCCCCUCCCCGGCACGGUGCAUGGAGACGCGGCCCUCCGCCCGCUGCUGAGCCCGGCCGCUCGGACCAGGACCUGCCGGGGCUGGGGUGGGCUCUUGAUCCGGCCGGCCCCGAGGAAGCUGGACUCGGGCUUCCCCGGCAGCCUCCGUCGCUCGAGGUCUGCGUUUGGGCAGCGGGCCUCGUCGCCCGCACCAACCGCUUCUACUCGGCCGUCCCGUCCCAGGAAGUGGCCGUCCUGACCGCCAUGGCUCACUCCCCAGUGCAGUCGGGCCUGCCGGGCAUGCAGAACCUGAAAGCAGAUCCAGAAGAGCUUUUUACAAAACUAGAGAAGAUUGGGAAGGGCUCUUUUGGUGAGGUAUUCAAGGGCAUUGACAAUCGGACUCAGAAAGUGGUUGCCAUAAAAAUCAUUGAUCUGGAAGAAGCUGAAGAUGAGAUAGAGGACAUUCAACAAGAAAUCACAGUGCUGAGUCAGUGUGACAGUCCAUACGUAACCAAAUAUUAUGGAUCUUAUCUGAAGGAUACCAAAUUAUGGAUAAUAAUGGAAUAUCUUGGUGGCGGCUCUGCAUUAGAUCUAUUAGAACCUGGCCCUCUGGAUGAAACUCAGAUUGCUACUAUAUUAAGAGAAAUACUGAAAGGACUUGAUUAUUUACAUUCAGAGAAGAAAAUUCAUAGAGAUAUUAAAGCUGCCAACGUUCUGCUCUCUGAACAUGGAGAGGUGAAGCUGGCUGAUUUUGGCGUGGCAGGCCAGCUGACAGAUACCCAGAUCAAAAGAAAUACCUUUGUUGGUACCCCUUUCUGGAUGGCGCCCGAGGUCAUUAAGCAGUCAGCCUACGACUCAAAGGCAGACAUCUGGUCCCUGGGCAUAACAGCUAUAGAACUUGCAAAAGGGGAGCCACCUCACUCUGAGCUGCAUCCCAUGAAGGUUUUAUUCCUCAUUCCAAAGAACAACCCACCAACAUUGGAAGGAAACUAUAGCAAACCCCUCAAGGAGUUUGUGGAGGCCUGUUUGAAUAAGGAGCCAAGCUUUAGACCCACUGCUAAGGAGUUAUUGAAGCACAAGUUUAUAAUACGAAAUGCAAAGAAAACAUCUUACUUGACUGAGCUCAUUGAUAGGUACAAGAGAUGGAAAGCCGAGCAGAGCCACGAUGACUCCAGCUCUGAAGAUUCAGAUACGGAGACAGAUGGCCAAGCAUCCGGAGGCACUGACUCUGGGGACUGGAUCUUCACAAUCCGAGAAAAAGAUCCAAAGAAUCUUGAGAAUGGAGCUCUUCAGCCAUCAGAUUUAGAAAGAAAUAAGAUGAAAGACAUCCCGAAGAGGCCUUUCUCUCAGUGUUUAUCUACAAUUAUUUCUCCUUUGUUUGCAGAGUUGAAGGAGAAGAGCCAGGCUUGCGGAGGGAACAUGGGGUCCAUAGAGGAACUGCGAGGGGCCAUCUACCUGGCGGAAGAGGCGUGCCCUGGGAUCUCUGACACCAUGGUGGCCCAGCUUGUGCAGCGGCUCCAGAGAUACUCUCUAAGUGGUGGAGGAACUUCAUCCCACUGAAAUUUCUUUGGCAUUUGGGGUUUUGUUUUCCUUUUUUCUUCUUUAUCCUCCUCUUUAGAAGUCAACGAGAGCCCCUUGCUGACCCCGCUGAAGAGGCGCGCGCUCGCGGAGGGCAGCUCCCGGGGCCGCGUGCGCCUGCGCAGGGAUAGACGCGCCUCGUCGCAGCGGGGCGGGGUGGGGAGGGUCGGCUCCUUUAAGCGGUCGUUGUAUUUUAUUCUUAUUUUAAAUUUUAACUGUAGUGCACAUAUUCAAGGAAAGUAUCUUUAAAAACAAAAACAAACCCUGAAAUGUAUAUUUGGGAUUAUGAUAAGGCAACUGAAAAAAUGAAACCUCAGGUAUCCUGCUUUAAGUUGAUAACCCCCGGGAGACGGAGAAUCGCUCUGGUGGAUCGGUGUACAGAUCUGUAUAUAGUGUCAUUUUUACGGAGACCCUUUUGGCGUGCAUAAGGAAUCACUGUGUACAAAUUGGCCAAGUGCUUCUGUAGAUAAUGUCAGUGGAGUAAAUAUUUGACAGGCCAUAACUUGAGUCUAUUGCCUUGCCUUUAUUACAUGUAAAUUUUGAAUUAUGUGACCAGUGAUUUGGGUUUUAUUUUGUAUUUGCAGGGUUUGCCAUUAAUAAUAAUUAAUGCCCCUCUUAUGGAAAACUCCUAUUUGUACCUCAACAAAUGCAAAUUCUCCUCUUGUUUGCCCUGUAGCCUUUUUGGUACACUUAGAAGUUGAUUUCCUUUUUCAUCAAUGGUACUAUUUCUCAGUGUUUUAAAUUGGAACAUAUCUUGCCUCACGAAGCUUUAAAUUAUUAAGUUUCUCCCAAAUGAAGUGCUCUCGUUUAACAUUUUGUUUUAAAUUGUGCCACUGCCAGUCCCCAGCGCCAGAUGUACCAUCCUUUUCAAUAUUAUUUUCUGUUGAACCUUGUAGUGAAAUCCACGUAUCAUCUUUCCCACCUAAAAAUGUCUGAAUGCUUACACAAAAUAAAUUUUAUAACACAGCUGCUUUGCAUACUCUCCUUGAAACUGUAUUCAAGAGGACAGCAUGUCUGCAGAGAUAUGCUGCAUGUGGGGUGUGUGUGUGUGUGUGUGUGUGGAUGGUUCAGAAGAUACAGGAAAAUGUGCCCCACAUUCAAAAUGUUCUAUGUCCAAGUCAGUUCCUAUGCAACUAAAAAAAAAAAUUGGUCUUUGAAAAAAUGUGGUUGAAUAUUGCUGAAUUGUAAUAUUGCUAUAUCUCUUCCCAGGGACCUUGAUCAAGGGUUUAGUUCUUUAAAGGAGCCCUUGUCUGUUAAGUGGUCAGCUGUAUUUUUCUUGACGUGCAGCAGCACCUUGUUUGCCAAGAGUGGAAGUAAUCCUUUGCAUUCUAGGAUGGGAAAUACAGUUCUUGUGGCAAUUCUUGACUGCCUGAUUUAAGUACGUGUGGCAGCUUCUUAUGUUGUGAAUGUUAACUAUUGUCAUCUCUCGUUGGGGUUCCAGGUCUUGUGUGGGGAGAUGAAAGAUUUUUAGAAACAAGGAAGUUACUGGGUAAACGGUGAGAGGUAAGACAAGGGAUCUGCUGUCUUUGUGGCCUUACACUACAGGGAGAGGACAGAGACCUGAGCCAGAGGAGUCUGGAUGAUUAUUGCUUGGAUAGGUUAAUGGCAUCUAGUUUUUAAAACUCUAAAAUUAAAUCCUGAUUUGUUAAGGUUUGGGUCCAACUGUUAGUUUCUGUAAGGAAAACGUUUUGAUUAGGCUUAAUAGAACUUAUUUGCUAAUUCUUACAGUAUUGUAUCUUGUAGCAAGAAUGUUAAAAUUUGAGAAUCUUUCAUUUUGUUUGUACAGAGUAUUCUGUAUGGAGGAAAUAUUUGUUUCCUUCUCUGAGGCAUAAACCAAAGAUGAGUUUUGUUCAUUUCAGGAGCUUGUUUCAUUCAAGAAACAAAUCCAUUGUUUCCCAAAGUAUGCUGCUUGUCUGAUUUUAAGAGUCAAUUCAGAUAGCAGUUUUUAUGAAUGGGAGUUCUUCAAAUUUAUGAUUGGACAAUGAUGUCAUGACGACGCUUAAGUCAAUCUUAAGUACGAGUAACCGUGGUUAUGCUGACUGGUAGAUUGGAUUGGUGUGGUCAGUAGACACUCUGCAAUCACCCGACUAUUAUAAUGUGCAAUUCAUCUCCUGUGAAAAGCAGCAAAUUAUUUUUUUAAAGUUCACUAGAGGCAUCUUCAGUAGAUUAAGCUUCCUAAGGAAGAUGAUAUUUGACUGGAUUUUAAAAGUGGAUCACCUCACUUUAUAAUCUCUUUGACUUGUUACUUUCUGUAAGACACACAAAAUCAGCUGAAAUGUUUUUAAGGGACUCUUGUUUAGCCAAGUAGGCUAGUAUUGGUGUAUUCACUUAAAAGUCCUUCGUUAGAAGAGUAGACCAGGUGCUGGAACUAAAAAGGAACCUGCUUUAGACUAUAUAAACUGUUAUUGCUGUUUAACCACACCUGUGAGCUCAGCAUUUGCGAUGGGUCUGCUGAAAUUUGGAAGCAUCUCAGUGCCAAACCCUGUUGAUAGGUUACUUGCCUAGAGACUGGAGACUGCAUUUAUGCAGCUUGUGUAGAGAAGUUUUUAUACAACAUUGAGUGGCAGAACAGAUACUGCUUUUUGGAAUUGGUAGCUGUGGUCAGACUGUAUUUGACCUGGUUGUUUGUGCCCUUUUGAACUUGUCUUGUUUCCCCAGCAGAUUGCACUAAAUGUAGUGGGCCAGCAGUGUGGUUUGUGAUGCCUUGGCAACCUAACAGAACUGUUGUAAUCUUCUUGAUGUAACGAAGUGCCACACCCCCACAGAAUCCAACAAUUCUUGUAACCCAUUCUCAAGUUGGUCUUGUGAAGUGUCUAGUUCAGUUCUUUAUGAAUGAAGCAUUUUGUACCUUUCUUUUGGGAAAGCAUAUGGUCAGUUUAUAAGCAUUUUUAUAUUUCCUUCCUUAAAGAAAAUAUGGUUUCUGUAUUUCUACUACAAAAUAUGGCAAUAAAUGGGGAGAGUGCUGUGGGUGUGUUCCUAAGCACAGGUACUGUAUGAUUCAUGCAAGGGUCAAUAAAGUUCACAGAAAACGA